AUGGAGACGGACCACUUCGACGACCGGGACAAGAGCCAGAGACACAGCCGCGCCAGCGGGAGGAUGAACGGGGUCAUGAGUCCCUCACACAGCGCCCACUGCAGCCUGUUCCGGACGCGCACCCUCAAGACCCUCAGCGCCGAGAAGAGAGCCAAGAAAGUGCGCUUCUACCGUAACGGGGAUCGGUACUUCCACGGCAUCGUCUACGCCAUCUCCGCGGACAGGUUUCGCACUUUUGACGCGCUGCUGGCCGACCUGACGCGAUCCCUGUCCGACAACGUCAACCUGCCCCAAGGCGUGCGCACCAUCUACAGCCUGGACGGGACCAAGAAGAUCAGCAACAUCGAGCAGCUCGUAGAAGGCGACAGCUACGUCUGCAGCUCCAUUGAAGCGUACAAAAAAGUGGACUACACUAAAAACAUCAAUCCCAACUGGUCUGUGAACGUGAAGGCGGCGGCGGGCUCCAAAGCGCCAGCAUCUCUGGGCAGCGCCAAAACCCAGCAGGACUGUCGCGAGUGCAAGGACUUCAUCAGACCCAAACUGGUGACCGUGGUGCGCAGCGGAAUGAAGCCCCGCAAGGCCGUCCGCAUCCUGCUCAACAAGAAGACCGCCCACUCCUACGAACAGGUGCUGACGGACAUCACCGACGCCAUCAAGCUGGACUCCGGAGUGGUCAAGAAGAUCUACACGCUGGAGGGGAAGCUGGUUUCCUGCCUGCAGGAUUUUUUCGGCGACGAAGACAUAUUUGUGGCAUGUGGACCAGAGAAGUAUCGUUACCAGGACGACCUGAUGCUGGACGAAACAGUCAAUGACGCACAUCGAGCAGCCAUGUUGUCGUCAUCCAGCCCCAAGGCAGCCGUGGCUUCUCUGUAG